UGAACUGAGGCGAACUCCGCCGCCAAGUGAGUGAGGAGGAGGAGGAGGAGAAGGAGGAGGAGGAAGAGGAGGAGCGCAGUCAGAGCGCGGCGGCAGCGGCAGCGGCAGAGGCGCCGCGGCGGGGACCAACCCGGAGAGACCCCCGAGCCCGCGGCACAGGCGGCGGCGGUGCUCAGCGGGCGCGACCAGCCGAGCUAGCGGCGGCCCCGGCUCCUCCUCGUCCGGCGCCAGCGGCCCGCGCCCCGCGCCCGCACUCGGCCAGCCGAGACCCGCCUCCCGCCGGCCUCGUGAGGGACGCGCCGAGCCGGGCGGCCGAGAGCGGCGGCGGCCGGGAGCGCGUCGGGCCCGGGCGGAAAGUGCCUGCGGGGGGCGGGCGAGCGCGCGGUGCCGGCCGCCCCGGGGCUCGGCGCGGGAGCCGGAGCGGGAGCCGGCGCGGAGCGGGACGCCGGGUCCCGAGCGGCCGGCGGCCGGGGCUCGCCCCCGCCCCUCCCUCCUCUCCGGCGGCGGCGGCGGCGGCGGCGGGCGGAGUGAGCUGCGGAGCCUGGAAUAUGGUCGGGGAAAUGGAAACGAAGGAGAAGCCGAAGCCCACCCCAGAUUACCUGAUGCAGCUGAUGAACGACAAGAAGCUCAUGAGCAGCCUGCCCAACUUCUGCGGGAUCUUCAACCACCUCGAGCGGCUGCUGGACGAAGAAAUUAGCAGAGUACGGAAAGACAUGUACAAUGACACAUUAAAUGGCAGUACAGAGAAAAGGAGUGCAGAAUUGCCUGAUGCUGUGGGACCUAUUGUUCAGUUACAAGAGAAACUUUAUGUGCCUGUAAAAGAAUACCCAGAUUUUAAUUUUGUUGGGCGAAUUCUUGGACCUAGAGGACUUACAGCCAAACAACUUGAAGCAGAGACAGGAUGUAAAAUAAUGGUCCGAGGCAAAGGCUCAAUGAGGGAUAAAAAAAAGGAGGAGCAAAAUAGAGGCAAGCCCAACUGGGAGCAUCUAAAUGAAGAUUUACAUGUACUAAUCACUGUGGAAGAUGCUCAGAACAGAGCAGAAAUCAAAUUGAAGAGAGCAGUUGAAGAAGUGAAGAAAUUAUUGGUACCUGCAGCAGAAGGAGAAGACAGCCUGAAGAAGAUGCAGCUGAUGGAGCUUGCAAUUCUGAAUGGCACCUACAGAGAUGCCAACAUUAAAUCACCAGCCCUUGCCUUUUCUCUUGCAGCAACAGCCCAGGCUGCUCCAAGGAUUAUUACUGGGCCUGCGCCAGUUCUCCCACCAGCUGCCCUGCGUACUCCUACGCCGGCUGGCCCUACCAUAAUGCCUUUGAUCAGACAAAUACAGACCGCUGUCAUGCCAAACGGAACUCCUCACCCAACUGCUGCAAUAGUUCCUCCAGGGCCCGAAGCUGGCUUAAUCUAUACACCCUAUGAGUACCCUUACACAUUGGCACCAGCUACAUCAAUCCUUGAGUAUCCUAUUGAACCUAGUGGUGUAUUAGGUAUGGCUUUCCCAACGAAAGGCUAAGAAUUCAAGAACGGUCUUAACUGAACCCUCAUCAGAUCUGAAUUUAACAAAUGCUUAGUCUCAGCAGCCUCCGGGGGAAAAAAGCUUAGCCUAGCAGUCAGUGACUUACUUGCACUUUUUGCACAUAGAUAUAAAGUAAAAUUAUGUUAUUAAUUUGGUUUAGUCUGUAAUAUUACACAGUAAUGGUAAUUUAUAAAGGAGUGUAUAGUAGUAUACUGACUGCUAAGUGUACUAUACUGUUUGCUUUACUAAUCACCUAAUUCAUUGCAGUUCAUACUUAUUGACUCAGAGUUUAAAACCACAAUCUGUAGGCUUUAAGAAUUGCUUUUAAACCUUUUUAAGUGAUAAACUCUUGAAGUGGUCUUAAGGUUAGCAAAUAAUUGUCAGUAUUAAACAUGGCAUUAUUUAAGUAGUCCUGCUGCAAGAAAGGCACUUCAGUGAAUAUGUGACUAGUAAAGCUUAAAUAUGUUUGGAUCUAAUAGAGUUCAUGAAAUACUGUAACUUGGGGAUUGUAAAUGAAUGGAUAAAAUAGGUUAAGGCCAAGAUGUUUGAAAUGAAUGCAAUAUUAAUAGAUGCAUAUAUACAUGACAUAUUAUGGUUAGUUUUAAAACUACUGUGCCUUAACGUGUUUCUUAAACUUUUGUAGUAAAUGAACAUUUGAAAUCCAUUUUGAUAAACCUGCUGUUAAUGUUUUUUUUCCCCCUUGUGAAUGUUUUCUAACUUUGUCUUGGUAAUUGCAAUUUAACUAGGUGCGGUGGCUACUAAAGUUCGAAGGCACGAUAUGCGUGUCCAUCCUUACCAAAGGAUUGUGACCGCAGACCGAGCCGCCACCGGCAACUAACCUAUGACCUUCUGACCUCUGAACUCUUCACCCAAUGAUGACCUGACCAUGCCUGCCUGCUGAUCAGUUAACUGGUAAUCGCCUUUGCUUGCCUGUCGUCAGUGCAGCAAGCUGAGGCACUUGUCCGUUCGUCUUACCAUCUAACCAAACAAAAGACAAAGAAAUUGUUGUCCUCCAACUCAGCUUUUUUUUUUUUUUUUUUUCCUGUUUGGGUGAAAGUGGUUCUAGAACCUGCACUGAAUAGUAGUAAAGCAAUAAGGCCCAAUUCAUCCCACAGCACUGAUCAUCUUCUAAUAUCCCACCCUAAGCGAACGGUAAGAAGGCCUCUCUUAAGAAGGGGAGACAGAUGGCCCUUAACUACUCAAUGACAGAGGCAGUUACUGUGAGAGACUUCUAGGAAUCUCUUUCUUCUCAUAGUGAAGUUAAAGCUCUCUCUGAAUGUACUGUGUGAUGAUGCAUCAUGCAUGAACCUUCGGUCAGGGAUGUCAUUGGUUGGUGAAGUGAUUUCAAAAAGUAUUCAAAAUUUGAUAUGCUGUUUAGUCACUACAGUGCCCUCAAAGGGCAGAAGUUGCAGCCUUUUUUAUAUUGCCUGCCAAAAUUUGAAGUAUUAGAGGAAAGUGUGCCAUGAGAGGAGAAACUUAAGGAGUUUUGAAAAGUAAUGCAAAUAACAAAACUGCAACACUAUUUUUAAAAAGAUAAAUAUCUGAGUUAAAAUUACUGAAUCUUUAUUUUACACCUUCUAAAAAAUAUAUGAGAACAAGGUACAUGCAUUAUGUGUCACAUUACUGGGCAAACUGUUCAAGUAUUUUUUUUUAAACCUCCCUGUAUAGAAAAAAAUCAUUAAGGAUGUAAAAGCCAUGCUUGCCUAUUUGCUGUAUACAUGUAAUGAAAUUGUAGAUAAAGUGUAGUGCAUUGAAACAAAUGAACAAAAAAGUAGAUACUUUUACUAUACAAGGGUGCUGGUGCAGAAAAAAAUAUAUAUAUUUUUGGAAAUGUAGCAUUUUAUACUUUCAAGUGUUAUUAAAAAAAAAAAGAAGAACAAAGAAACCCUUUAUUUCAUUAAAUGAUUUUUUCUGGUGGUUGUCAAGAAACAAAAGACCAAAAGAGCCUUUUUGUCUUUCUUUUUUAUUUUUUAAGUAUUGGAAUAAGUCUAAAGAAAAGAAAGUGCCUUAUUUUUCUUCAUGGUCAUUUAGUCAAGUGUCUCAUAAAGAUCAGCUCCUCCCUCAGAAUACAAGUUAAUGCAUGUUACUCAGUCGCCCAGUAUGUGAAAGAAAAUAAGAGGGAGACAAAUGAGUUGAUGGUUUGAAUCAUAUGAUUUUUGCCACGUUACCUUGAUGCAAAUUUGCCAAAUCUGAUACUGUGAAAAGAUUUGAUAAUUUUUCUAAUGCCUGACUAGCAAGUUUUAAAACAUCAUUCUUUAAAAAAAUUAUAAUUGAAUACUUUUGGUUAUUCCAGUCUUCAAUGAUAACCCAAAGGACUCUGAGAUAAAAAUUAUGUGUAACCUGAACUUCAGACAAAAUUAGAGCUUUGUUUUAUUUGGAGAAGGGGGAUGCAUUCAUUUUGUUUUGUUUUUUAUUUUGUUUUUAAUUAAUUGGAGAUAAUAGGAUCCCUAGCAUAUGUUUUCACGAAAGUGACUCUUUGUGAUUUUCAUUCUGGAAAACAGUGUUUUAAAUAACCCAAAUGUAACCACGUCUUUAUAUCAUACCAGAUAACAUGUGUAAUGCAUCUCUUUACAGUUUCAGUAACCUCUGCCUCCCCCACCCUUUAGGUUUAAAAGAAUGUGAAAAACUAGCAUCAUAGUGCGUAUAAUACUCAACCACAUUUCAGCUUAAGCUUCUAAUUUCUCCAGAAGUUCAAACAGUUAUAUAGUUCAAGCAAUUUGUGCUCAAAGCCUACAUCUAAACACUUGAGUGAAUAAUCAUUAACUGCUCAGUACCAGAUGUGGCAAAUCUCAAGUGAUGGUGGACUCCCCUCCAGCUUAUCAACUCGUCCCCUCUUCCACACCUUCCCAGCGUCACAGUCAGAGGUCAGCAGGAAGCUUAGUCAGUACCUUCUUGGCGACCUCCCCCGCCAUCUUGUCUCACUUGGAAACCGUUGUCAGUUUAUUUACUAUGCAAUAGACAUUCAUUGUUUUGUAUCCAGCUAGUUUUGGUUUAAUAUGCCACUGCUUUGUCUUUCUGUUACACAUACAGUUUUGAUUUAUUUACAGUAUAUGCUGUGCCAUUUUGAUUUUUAUAUUGUUUGGUUGGUUGAAUCAAUUUGCGGCACUCAAACACUUGAGGUGAUAGUUAUUAAAAACAAUACCAGUAUUUGAUCCAAUUUCAUCUCAACUAUGUUAAACCUGGACAUUUUAGAUGUUUAUCAAAGGUCUUUUAUGGGGAAGAAAGUAAAUGUAUGAAAUAAUAAAUGUGUGACAUUUAUGGGUAAUGUUGGCUCUGAGCAAACUUUUGAAAACUUGGUUGACAAAAUUUUGGAUCAACUGAAAAAAAAAGCAUGACUUUUGAAAUCUCUGAAUGCCUUGGUUCUCAGUAUUAUCAUUCUUUAUUGAAUUUAUUUCUUAUUAAAAUAUGUAGUUUUUAAGACUUUUUUUCUGACAGUAUUAUGUAAUUUUUUAGCGUGGGUAGAUGGGAGUGUCGCUUGUAUGUUAUCGUACAGCUGACAUGUAUUUUUGUCUAUUCUUUAUUAUCUUAGUAGUUUCAUGCUAUGUAUGUACCAUAACCAACCUAUUGCCUAUGAGAAACAUGUAAGAUAAUGUAUUUACAGCCAUUGUUACAAGUUUAUAAUGUAUUUUUCUAUCUUGUUUUAUAUGUAUGUUAUAUAACAUUCAAAAAGAAUUUUUUUCUUGAUUGAGAAAAAGAUACAAAAUGCAAAAUCCACAAUUUUGAUAACUGAAAAUUGCCAAUUGUUUUGCAGUACUUUAUUAUAUUGGGUGUCUUGUCUUUUUUGGGCUUUUAGUUAGCUAAUGAAUGAAUACAUUAGACACUUUUGGGUUUUAGUUGGGAUUUUACAUAGCUUGCAUUUUAAUUCUUUGGUUCUUUGCUGUUUCUAUUAACCCAUAGCAUUAUUUUAAUAAAUGUUAUAAUACCAACCUACUAACUCUGGACUAUGUCUGUUUAUUAACCUUUAUAUGUUUAAUUAAAAUAAAUAAAGACAAAAGAAUGUAAAGUCUUGAGUUACUGGACUAACCCUGAAGAACGUGACCACAGAUAACAUAGCGUGACUUGUUUUUAUGUUGUUUGUCAGCUGACAGUUCCGCACACUACUCUUAAAAUGGCUUUGAUUAUUCUGGUCUUUUACCUGGUGGGGAGGGAAGGUAGGUGCCGUAGAGAUGGGAACAAAGUAGCCUUUGUUUGAGGCAGUCUUCUGCUCUUGCCACUUGCCUUUUAGCAUCUGCCUUACUAAUUCCACACCUUAUUUUUCCUUCUCCAAAAUAAUCACUGUCUGCUCACAGCAUCAAGAGUAAAAAGAUACAUUGUAAUGGUAUAUACCUGGAGAAACCAGUUUGAUUCUUUGUUGAACCAUUUCUUUUAAUUUCUGUAAGUAAUUUUAUGGUCACAUUGUAAAGCAGAGAAACUGUUGAUAUUUUACCUUUAUGUAGGUUUUUGUUUUAACUUGACCUUUUUCCUUUGGAAAGCAUUGAACUUCUUUAGCUAACUGCUCCUAUUAGGGGGCUCAACUUGGGUGAAGCCAAAGGCUCCCUGGCUGUCUCUCUUGGUGGCCCCGGUGGCCCAGAGCUCCACCACUUUCCAGUGAGGUAAAGAACCCUAGCAUAUUAUUGAGUUUUCCUCAGAAAAAUUUAAGAGGGAAGGACUACGAGAUUUGAAAAGUUAUGUAUGAUUAAUUUCUUGCAUGCAUACCAGUUUAAGGUUUCUUAAAUAUCUUCAUGCUUUUCUUGGCUGAAACUUGGCAAAUUAACCUGUAAUUAUGAAUUCUUUAACUCAAGGUGCAUUUUUAUUUCACAGAUUGGUACUUGCUUUUUUCUGUGAAACAAUUCUCUUAGAUAAAAUUCUCAGGAUGAAUUUUUGCAUUUGUAAAUAACGAUAUAUCUUUGUAAAUUACAUUUUAUUUAUUUAGAGUUCUAAAAUGUGCGGCUUAAAUGAGUUACAUAUAAUAGAAGACAAAACUAUACCAGUACGCUCUUAACCAACCAGAUUGUCAAGAUAUUCUCAUUUCAUCAAUAUAUACAUACACAUACAUAUAUAGAUAAUAUACAGAGUAAUGAUAGCUGAUUUGAGUGAUAACAGCUAAUCACCAUUGAGAUGGUCAUUUGGAUCAUGUAAACAAACCUAGUCAUUUCUCUGAUGGGAGCCGUGGGCAGUGUGCUGUUGUUAGACAGACAGGUCUUUCGCAUGCUAUUUGUACAAGUUUUCCUUGCCAUAUAGUUCAUGUAGUAGUCUGUGAGAGUUCAAAGAUGGCUGUCAAGCUGCUAAUAUACAAGUUGUCAUGGUACCAUGUCACUUAAAUUGAUGAAUUUCUAUGCAAUGUACUAUUCUCUGAAGCAUAUGAAUGCAUACUCAUCUCAUUUUCAAUUAAGGCUACUUUAUGUAUAAUUAUGUCAUUGCUACCUUUUAUGUAAGAAAUGUAAAGUUUUAAAAGGUGCAGAUAACAUUUCAGUUUUUAUACAGGUUGCAAUAUUAUUAAACAUGAAACUGCCAAAUUCCUAGAAUCACAUUAUGGAUUUUUUAUACAGUUUAUUGAUAGAAACUAUUUGAAAAAAAAAAACAAUUGAAAAUUGAGCUUUCAGUCAAGAAGUUGGUGAAAUUAAUGUACUUAAACAUCUUCUUUUCUGUAGGCAAAAUGUCAGGGAAAACUGAAUGUGAAAGUAGUUAUUCACAUGCGCCCCGGCACGGUAGCUCCACAUGUGAGAGAUCAUUCAAGCACCCUGCCCAUAAAACCUGCAUGUGUAUACAUAAACACAAUUGGUGUCAUUAGAGUUUUCUAAACACUAGAUAAAGUUCCUAAUUUUUUAGUGUGCCAAAAGCAAAUGAUAGGUUUAAAUGAAAUUGCUCAUUACCAAAUCAAGACUGUUUGAAAUUUAUAAAUAUAUAAAAGUCAUAACACUUUAACAUGUGACAGCCUAAGGUUUUUUUAGUUUGGGGGUGGGGUGGGGGUGGUUUUGCCUGUUGGACCAGGAUGAAAUGCCUGUCUUUAUUCCUUGGUAAGACGUAGCCAUUACGGCAUUUCAAACUAUUUUUGGUAGAAGAGAACAUACUGCCAAACGAUAAUUCAUUUAGCAAAAAUUAUUCUCCAACUUUCUGAAUUCACAAAUUUUCUAAUUGCGUAGAGUAGCUUAUUACAUUGUUACGAAUUCUUUAAUGCCUUUAUUUCAAAUGGAAAAAACUUUAUGGACAAUAUUUUAGAAAUACCAUGUGAUUCACAUCUAAUUUUAUAUGUAGCUUCUUUUAAGUGAUCAAAAUUGAGAUGCCUUUGAUAUGAAGAGAUUUACCUACAUUAUAUGCACUCGUGCCCUCAAUGCGGAAUCAAACUGGUUAACUUGUGCACAGGCCUCUCCUGUCUAUGUCUCUGCUGCACUAAUUGCCAGGGGAUGGGAGAGAAGGUGGAGGAAUUUAUUCACAGUAGAAGGAGGUAAUAGGUGCGGCAAAUAGCAGCACACAGUAUUGAUUCCACAUUAUAAUUUUGUUGCCCCUUCUUGGCAAAAGAUAACACAUUGUGGGAAGAUCACAGCUUCCAGGGUAAAAGUUAAUUUAUAACUUUAAAAAGUGCUAUUAAGUUUUUAUUACCAAAUAUAUCUUUUAUGGUUUAUAUUGUAGUGGUAUGUAUGAAACAUUUAAAAUUUUACUUGUGGAAAUGGCGUGUGUAUAUAUAUCUAUAGAAGUUGAAAUAGGUGUUCCCACACAUGAACGGAGAACUGCAUAUGACUGUACGUGAAGUGCAAUAAACAACUGGAAAAAAUACAUGUGCUUCAUCCUGUCCAGCCAACUGCAGCUGGAAAGUGCUGCUUAUUCUCCACCUCCAGAAAUGCAUGUAUAAAUAUAGAACAAAGAAUGCACACUUUCAAUUUUAUUGAGGUUUUCAACACUAUUUUAAAAAAAAUGUAAGCAUCUGACAUUCUGGAGUUCUAAAUUAGAAGAUGAGCAUAAUAUUCACCCUGAUUUUAGUUACUAAAGGAGAUUAGUAAACAGACUUAGGGUUCCUCAGUUGGACUGUGCAUCCAAGAUAGUUAACAUUUUUUAUUUUUAAUAAAUGGCACAACUUUUAUGUGUUUUUUAUAUGUAAGAAAGAAGAAAGGAAUGCUGACCAAAACUUGAUUAGUGAGAAGAACUAGUGUCAUUAACUUGUGGAACAAAGUAGAAUUGGUUUAUUUUAAAAAUUAUUUCCAGUAGUGUGAAACCUUUAGGAUUCUUUAACAUCUAAAUGUUUUGACUCCUUGUACCUUAAGUUUUCCAGUCUUCCUUAUUUACAUCAUCUCCAAGUACCUCUGCCUUCUUUCGUCUUGCUCACUGGAACCUUAGUUUUCCUCAGCAGGAUGGUUUGUAAAAGUAGCCCACAGGUGUAGGAUCUGUGGCAUGUCAUACAGACUGGGGGCCCAAAGGUGUGCUUGGUUUGGCUUAUGCAGUGUUUUGCUUUUUAAACUACUUGCCACCAUUUGAAGGUGGAAACACUAAUAAAAAAGUCUGAUUGCCCAUAUUAGAUUUUUUUUUUAAAUCUCUUCACAAAAUGUGCUCCUCCUCAAAAAUCAAAAUGUCUAGAAAGCCCAAACAUAUAUUGUCACAUAGUAGGCACCAGCUGAAACUUGAGUAAUCAAACUACCCCCUUAAGCCAAGUAUUCCCUGGUUAAUCGCCACCCCACCACUCCUUCCUGUCUCUCGUGUCACACUUGGGCUGUUGGUUUUCUUACUCCUGUCUUGCUUUAAUCCUUCCUCCCCACCCUCUGCCCAGCUCCUGUGGAUAUCUGCUUGUCUCCUGGUCCAGGAUGGUGAUCUUUCAAACCAACUUCUCAAAAGGGAUGGCAUAAAAUAGAUUUCGAUGUUUUUCCUUCUGCAAAAUCAGAUGAAUGUUCUAUCAAAAUUAUUAGUCACUUAUUCAUGCAUAUUGGAUUUCUUACUGUUUAAAGAAGGACUUCUAUUAAGUGAGUGGAAGAUUAGACAUUUGGAUUUUCGUCCUAAUGUAAUUUUUUAUGAUUAUUACCUCAUACAAUAAUUUGUGGUGGUCUUAGCAGUUAAACUAAUUGACCAUCUAAUAGUUGACUAUAAAUAUAUCUAAAAUAAUAGUCAUAAGUUUGGCAUCACAACUUUCCCCAAAAAAACUUUAUUAAAAUUAGAUUAUUCCCGUGUAAUGCUAUUUUGUGAAGUAUAUAUGUACAUAAUGUAUACUCUCUGAAAGUGCUUGUUUUUAUAUGCUAUACAACAGUUCCAAUUUUAAAGACUGUCUCUUGAAAUUGGGAUGAAAAUCUAUAGCCUUUGUUUUCUUAAAGUAUCCUAUUCUAUAUUCAUUGAUAACUGGGUAUUAAUAAAGUUAUUACAGGAAAAAAAUGACUAAGAGCAAAAGGAGAAGAAAAUAUUUGCAAAUGAAUCCACAAUUCUUGCAGAACUAUUUGAGUUGACUAAAGAUUUUAUGAUCAAUCCUUUAACUUAGAACUGUCAAGGUUGGGAAUGAUGAAAGUAAAGUGCCUUGGCUAUGCUUGAAACCUGAAUUUUAAUGCUUCCCUUAUUAUAUUCAUUGUCUUAAAUGAUUUGGUUUACGAAGUUAAGACAUACUAGUAGUAUAAGUGGAAAGUUGGAUACAUUUUAAUUAAACGAUAUAUGUUAAUGAA